AUGAGCUAUCCGAUUGCCAACCUGGAAACAUCAAGCGACGACGUAUGUACGAUCUGUUUCUCCGACACUGGAGCCAGGAUGCGAUGCUUCCCGACGAAGAUCAAUGGAUACUCUUCUACUCAGAUCGAGGCCGUCCAAGGGCAUCCCCGGUACAGGAGAGCAACAAGAAAAGGGUAUGAUGCGGCCAGGAGAUUUGAACAACUCAUAGGCUCUGGGGGUAACAAGAAGAACAAGGUUACCAUCUCGCCUAACGGUAUUGUUGGAGGUCAUCCUUUGGGGCAUCACGACUGGGCCACAAAGAGAAUCGCCUUCUUCGUCGAGACCAGAUUUGACUUUCUGACUUCACUGACACCGACGAGCAUCGUGUCAUCCACUCAAUGGUUGCACUUUGCUGGACUAUCAUCGAACGCCGCGCUCCACGGUCUUUUGACUUCGGGCUUGCGCAGUGUCACUAUUCUCUCGGGAAUCUGUUUGUUCUCGUCCAAGGUCAUGACCAGGACCACGGUUACUAAAGACGUGCCGAUCAUCGACCUCCAAAAUGGGCAGUGCAACGGAGCUACAUUAUACGAGCUGGAGUACAUUGCUCGAAGUGCUCCGGCCAUCGCAGACCUUGCCAUCGCCUCCCGACCCGCGGCGGAGCGGACUACUCAUAGCAAUGGCGACACAACAUGCCAGCCGUCCCAGAUUUGCUUGGACAUUCCCAGUUUCCAUUACUACCAGACGAUCGACGAUCUACUGCGGUCUGGUCGUUGCACAUUCGCUGAGGCCCUGCAUUGGCUCUAUGUUAUAGAACAGCACCAUCAUCAGAUCUCGCACAUAUUCCGUGGUUAUCUCCACGUCGAGCUAAUGCGACGAGACCCGUCCAUCAAAGCAUACGCCAUCAGCGUCACCCCGGGGGGUGAGCGUAUUCUCUCAAGCAUCCGCAAGUCGCUCAUGAUGCGUACGCUUCCAUCUGUGCAACAAGCCAUCGAUGAUCUCGGUGUUCACGAACCAGCUUGGACAAGGUUCAUGCAGUUUGUGCGCGACACGGAAAAGCCAAAGGAUUUCAGAUCCCUUGGCCAGAUGUUCUAUGUGUACCAAGUAGUACGGCACGCCUUGGGUGAAGCAUCCGGGCACGAGCCAACACAACCGGGCUUGUUAAUAAGUGUCGAGGACAGCGCCGAACGCGGUGUAUAUUCUCGAGCCCAAAAGCUUCUCAAAAGGAUCCGAGAAUCGACAUGCUCAUCAUCACCUGUACUACUAGAGACAUACCUCUGUCCGCGUGUCUUUGUGGAUAACAACGCUCAUGGAUCGGAGCUGUAUGCUCACGACCCGUAUCCGGCGUCCGUCUACGAGAGAUGCAACUCAGAGAGCGAUAAACCGCUUCUUGGUAGUUCAAGAUCGUCGCUCAAGCGAGACUGUUCCAGUAGUCAAAGCGAUAUUGUCCUGGAAGCUGAUCCGACGCUGGUGGAGCUAAACAAUUUGGAUGUGAUUGAAAGAUUGUAUGGCGAGAGAUCGGCUACGCUGCUAAGGGAGCUGGGGGUAGAGGUAGGCCUCUUUGACGGGCUGACGCAGCCUUAG